AUGUUAAGUCAGCUAAAAAUGAAAAAUCACACUUCGGUGAAGGAAUUCAUCCUUCUUGGACUUACAGAUGAUCCAGAGCUUAACAUUUUGAUUUUCCUCUUUCUCUUCUGCACAUAUAUACUGAGCAUUACCGGAAACCUGACAAUUAUCGCACUUACUCUGCUAGAUUCACAACUCAAAACACCCAUGUAUUUCUUCCUUAGGAAUUUCUCCUUCCUGGAAAUCUCAUUCACAACAGCAUGUAUUCCUAGAUUUCUGGUCAGCAUUGUAACAGGGGAUAAAACCAUUUCCUAUAAUUCCUGUAUAGCUCAGGUAUUUUUUAUCAUACUCUUAAGUGCAACUGAAUUUUUACUUUUGACUGUUAUGUCUUAUGAUCGGUACGUGGCCAUCUGCAAACCACUACACUACACAACAAUAAUGAACAGUAGAAUCUGCAACCAGCUUGUUCUUAGCUCCUGGCUGGCUGGGUUUCUUCUCAUCUUUCCACCUGUGAUCAUGGGGCUUCAGCUGGAUUUUUGUGAUUCUAACAUCAUUGACCACUUCGCAUGUGACUAUUCUCCCUUGUUACUGAUCUCCUGCACAGACACAGCACUGCUAGAGCUCCUGGCAUUUAUCCUGGCUGUCUUCACACUCAUGGUAACCUUAAUGUUAGUGGUCCUUUCAUAUGCAUUCAUCCUUAAGACAAUUCUGAGAUUCCCUUCUGCAGAGCAAAGGAAAAAGGCCUUUUCCACUUGCUCCUCACACAUGAUUGUUGUUUCCAUUUCUUAUGGAAGUUGCAUUUUCAUGGAUGUGAAAACAUCAGCAAAAGAGAGGAUAGCUUUGAGCAAAGGCAUAGCACUGCUCAAUUCCUCUGUUGCCCCAAUGCUAAAUCCUUUUAUUUACUCUCUAAGGAACCAGCAAGUAAAACAAUCUUUUAAGAAUAUGCUCAAGAGAUUUUUUAAAUAA